GGAGCGGUCGCUUUAUCGAUAACGUCACGUGCUCACGCGUUAAUGUGAAGUCUUGAAGUUGAUCGUUUUAUCUUCUUCGAAAUUUCUAUUCACAAAUCGCUUACUACUAUCAGCGCUUUCCGGACAUACCAAAAAGCUGUUGACUUGCAGGAGCGUACCCCAGAUCGCGUACCCAGAUAUUAGUAUAUGACAUCGAGCUAUUGAUGGCGUUAAGGACAACAUGGAUGACUUCCUUACGCCUGUCACGGUGACUAAGAGAGAUAAUAGUAGGGCCUUGCAUAAUACUCCAGUCAAAGCCACUGUCAAGACCAUCACCUCACCUCAGGAUGCUCUGGCAAUACUGCGCGCUCAACCUGAUAUUCAUGCUUUGGAAACAGUGCUGGGAUGGCUCAACAACGAUCAGCCAGACUUCUCAAUGGCUGAUCCGGCUCCAUCUUCAUCUCAGAUCAUAUAUACCCUUGUCAAUUCCACUCUUCCAGACUACUGGCAGACUCUCGUGCAGUCCAGAUCAAAGAAUGUCCCGAUCUUAGUGGGAGUGCUCCGCACUGUGAGCGGCUUAGGGGCUUUGCUUGCUCGACUAAGAACACUUAUUACUCAGAGAGGACAGAAAGACGAGCCCAGAAACGCGGAAAUCACAAGGCAGCAUCUCGAGGACGCGGUCUCAAUUCUUGCCAGCGUACUCGAUGGCAAUCAAACUUCCAGAAAGAUAUAUGACUCUCUACUAUGUUCGGUCAAGAAUGAUAUGAGACGUUCACUAGCGUGGAAGGAGUACAUCGCACAGAUCGCUGGUGGAAAGGUCUUGUCUGUCGUGGCCCAAGCGGAAGAAAUACUAAAGAAGGGCUCAAAGCAGUAUGACGGCUCUUGGCUCGCCGACGGCACUCGUUUUGCCGCAUGGUUGGGGCAUAACAUUGCUGUAAUGGUCUGCGCGGUAGAAGGAGAAAACCGGGCAGAUAUACAGAUGGCAGCUGCUCGGUUGACUGGCAAGGCAUUAAGUCUUGGGCAUCGAAAUAGACUGGUGAAGGAAAUAAUCUCCAUGGCUCUUGAGAACGGAAACCACAUCUCGUUAUCAGGCUGGAUUCCCAAACUGCAGAACAAUGAACAGUGCCGUUUUCUUGAUAGCUGCCUGUCGGACAGCAUUCCACAGCUCAUGGAAGCAAACGCACGUAUACCGCUCGAUGCUAGACCUAGAAUCGCUGGUGCCGCAGCUCUCAUUCAGACUCUGAUAUCGGAGUCUCCUAUACUCAAAGACGCCCUUUCUUCUUGGCUCGUCAAGUGUUCGACUACGGGCGUAGACCCCUCUGUCCUGGUAAUACGCGCUGUUGUUGCUAUUGUUGCUCUGGAUGAAGAUCGUCUGCAGACCUUAACGGAGAAGCUAAUGGCUGAUUUUGGGGACAGUCUCUAUAUCAGACAUACCCCAAUCCUUGUUCAAGAAUGUCUGACCAGAACGCUCCUACUUUGCUUCGGACACAUCCAUCGUAAGCAAUCGAUGGCACUGUUCAUGCUCGCGAGGUCGAGUACUCACAUGACGGCAAUCUCAAACAGGCUUUCUGCCUCAUCUCCGCGUGCCCGUUUCUUAGGCAUGGCAGUUGGGCAAAUCGUUUCGGGUCUUGUCGAUAACUCUGAGACUGUCAUGAAGUUUGACUUCGACGCUAGUGAGAAAGAAGAUCUGGAAAUGCUGCGUCAGUUAGUGAGCUUUGAAGAUACCAUUGGGAAUGUGGAGGACUUGACUCAGGCUGGCUUGCCAAAGAAGGACAAAGGUAUUGAAGCAAAGAAGCGCCCUGCAACGAAAUCACAGACAGUUGCGAGAACCUCAACACAAACCCAGAUAUCGGGUCCGCGCAUUGUCGAAGUACUUGAUGAUUCAGACGAAGACGAAGAUCUGGUACCGUAUAGCAAACCCGAUUCCGACCCUGAAGAUGAGGACGAUGACCCAUCGAUGGUCAAACGUGAUAAACCGACUGCACCUGUAUAUAUACGGGACCUCAUGUCGAGUGUCCGCGAUACAGAGAAUUACGAUCGACAUAUUCUGGCCUUCCGAGCAGCACCCGCACUGAUACGCCGCAAGACAGGCUUCGGCAAGGAAGUCAUAGAUCACAUAGGUGACCUUGCAGGGCUUUUUAUUGGCUUGACCGAUCAUUUCGAACUCGAUGAGGAGUUUGAUGAGGUUCGUCAGCAGGCUUUGAUCGCCAUCUUGCUUGCUCAACCUGCAUCGAUCGGCAAAGUAUACGCAAGGGCUUACUUCGAAGGAGAAUAUUCUAUUAGCCAACGUCUAGCAAUUUUGAGUGCAAUGGGACUAGGGGCAAGGGAAUUGGCUGGCUUCGAAGACUUUGAGCAAGACCAAAAGAUCAAAGAGGCGUCGAAAGCCUUCCCUUCUAAAAAGUUGCCGCCUCAUCUCCACCAAAUCUACGCAGAUGAAAGCCAGCCGGUGGCCGCUCUGUCCAGACGUCUUGAGCAGAUGAUGAUCAAGCCGAUGGCUCUGCAAGCUGCCGAUAAGGCCUCGGGUCCCAACAUCCUCAAAGUACGAACGUUUUCAUCUCGGAUGGAAGUAGAGAAGAAGCGCAAGAAACCUAUUGCAAACGAGCUAGCAAAGGUCGUCGCCCAGAGUUUCUUCUUCCCUUUGACUGGGCGGUGGUGGUCGCAUGUUCAGGCAUACGGCCCUUCAACUAUUCAAUCGACACCUCACUUACUGCCCACCUACCUCCGAACGCUCUCACUCCUACUGCACUCGUCAGGCCCGUCUACCCUCUCGCUGCCAUCGAUGACGUCCGAAUUCUGGGAUCUUCUUCUGUCGCUUCGGACCGUUGCAACGGGCGACAUAACUAUCAUGGAGGCUAUGCUAUUCUCCAUUCUGACUCUACUAGAUGUGAACGAAGACCAUAGGCGGAUCGCACAGGAGCAUCCGAAAGAGCUGCUAGAGACGCAAGUCUGGGUGAAGGGUGUAUGGGAAGCGAUGGGCAAGGGGUCAGAGGGGAGCCAAGAUGAACGUGUCAGAAUGCUUGCUGCCAGCAUAUUGGUCAGAAGUCAGGAGGUCGUUGAAAAGUACCAGAGGAUGCUUAUGGGAGAUAUGAUGGUACUGGACAAGUGACGAACCCCAUUCGAUGGGUUAACUGCAGAUUAUUGUGCGACGUCCAGAUAGUGGACCGUCAGGCU